AUGAUUAACAGAUGUUUCACCUUUCACCCUUCUAGAUAUGUUCGCGAUCUACGCUUGGUCGAAGAACUCUUUAUCAGCCCCAUCAAGGAAGCCGAAAAGAAACAUCGCAAACAGAUAGUUCCAGAAAACUUGAAUAAAGUUUUCAACUCCAUUUCAUACUUUUUAUUCAUCCAUGAAGUUAUCAACAGUUGUUUAAGUGAACGUCAAGAAUCUCAAUUCCCAUUGGUUCGAAGCAUCUCCGACAUCCUUUUGGCGUACGUGUGGGUGUUCCGUUCUUAUGCACCAUACCUCAUUCAUUAUGAGGAUGCGUUAAGAGAACUCGACGAAUGCAUUCGAAAGAAGGACAAAUUGGGCAAACUCGUCAGGAAACAACAAAAACAAACCCAGUGCCGAAACAUGCCCUUGACCACAUACCUCCUCAAACCAUUCCAACGUCUUCUCAAAUACCCACUCCUUAUCACAAAUUUACUAAAAUGCACAGAUAAGGAAGGUUUUGAUUAUAACAAGACCGUCUCAUUAAAGAGCAAGCUCGAUGAUGUUCUCUCAGACGUUGAAGAGCAAAAGCGAUCUCACGAUAACAUGGAACGCCUUCGAGAGCUCGAAAGCAGAAUUUACGGACUCGGUAGUUUCCGUUUGGCCGUGAACAAUCGUCAACUUCUUCGAGAAGUUCCGGCAUGUCAAAAUUUAUCGGAGCUCAAGAAGCAGCCAUCCUUCCGAAAAUCAUUAACAGUAACAUCAGCGCCCAUGUCAAGUUCAAAACGUCACUCGGUACGAAAUCUUUACGCUCUCGAGUGCAAUGAUAUCGUCCUUUUGGCGGAAAGAACUGGCAUCACAAAGGAGGGUCAGCCCUUGUACAAGUUGGUCUCUCGCCCACCUGCUGCCGUUGCUCUUUCGGAUGACGAACCAGUCAUGGUUGAAAAACCAGAGGAUUCCGACAUUUAUUUUGAAUAA